AUGAAGCGCCGGUGCCAGCCGCCCGCCCGCGCCCUGGUCCUGGUCCGGGCCGGCCUCCUGCUCCUGCUGCUCCUGCUGCUCGGGCCGGCGGGUUGCUCGGGCGCAGGGGGGCCGCGUCUGCCUCGGCAGGUCCCCUCCACCUUGCCGCCACAGGGCCCCACCACCGGGGGCCCCACCGCCACUGGCCCCCCCACCACGCGGCCGCAGGGCCCCACGGGCCCCACCACCACGGGCCCCACCGCCACCGCGGGCCCCACCACCACGCAGAACCCCGCUUCCCACGCCAGCACGGCCUUACCUCUCACCUGCGGCGCAUCCCAGGAGCAGGACCCCACCCUCAGGGACCCAGAGGCCAUCGCUCGGCGGUGGCCGUGGAUGGUCAGCGUGCAGGCCAACGGCACACACGUGUGCGCAGGCGCCCUCAUCGCCGCCCAGUGGGUGCUGACCGUGGCCCACUGCCUGACCCAGGAAGAUGUCACCUACUCCGUGCGGGUGGGGAGCCCCUGGCUCGACAAGAGGGCUCAGACUACGGCCGACGUCCGGGUGCACGAGGUCAUCCUGAACAGCCGGUUCCGGUCCCGCCGCUAUUGGUCCUGGGUGGGCCAGGCCAACAACAUCGCCCUGCUGCAGCUCGAGGGAACGCUCAACUAUAGCAAGUACGUCUGGCCCAUCUGCCUGCCCGGCCUGGACUACAGGGUGAAGGACUUCUCCCUCUGCACCGUGACGGGCUGGGGGCUCCCCAGGGCGAACGGCACCUGGCCGCAGUUCCGGACCAUCCGGGAGAAGGAGGUCACAAUCCUGAACAGCAAGGAGUGUGAGGACUUCUACCACCGAUUCUCCAAAAUCCCCUCCCUGGUUCGGGUCAUCAACUCCCAGAUGAUCUGUGUGCAGGACACCGACAGGAAGCACUUCUGCUAUGAGACCAGUGGGGAGCCCCUGUCCUGCCCUGUGCAGGACACGUGGUUCCUGGUGGGGAUAGUGAGCUGGGGCCCCGGCUGCGGCCAGAACGAGGCCCCGCCCAUCUACCUGCGCAUCUCCACCUACCAGCACUGGAUCUGGAAGCGAAUCAACGGGCAGGCUCUGCCAACCCCGUCCAGGGCCCUGCUCCUGGCGCUGGCGCUGCCCCUCAGCCUCCUUGCUGCCUGCUGA